AGAAGGUUUGAGCCGUUUGUUCAGGGAAAGGUGCUAAGAUAAUAUAGCUAUAUAUACGCCGGAUAUUUUGUCGCUUGUAUUUGCGCAGUUAUGUCCACGAACGACUUUUAUUUACGAUAUUACGUGGGACAUAAAGGGAAAUUCGGUCACGAGUUUCUGGAGUUUGAAUUCAGGCCGGACGGGAAGCUGAGAUACGCGAACAACAGUAACUACAAAAAUGACGUCAUGAUCAGGAAAGAGGCGUACGUUCACAAGAGCGUGAUGGAGGAACUGAAGAGGAUCAUUGACGACAGUGAAAUCACGAAGGAAGACGAUGCACUGUGGCCUCCUCCUGACAGGGUGGGCAGACAGGAACUGGAGAUUGUCAUUGGUGACGAACAUAUCUCAUUCACAACUUCCAAAAUUGGGUCUCUGAUCGAUGUCAACCAGUCUAAGGAUCCAGAAGGCCUCAGAGUGUUCUACUACCUGGUACAGGAUCUCAAGUGUCUCGUCUUCAGUCUCAUCGGCCUCCAUUUUAAGAUUAAGCCGAUCUAAAUUCAGCAGUUUCUACAGACAGUUAAUUUAGUUUGUUUAACCUUUCAACAUUUUGUACAGUAAUUUCUGGCUUGUCUGCUGUUUUCCUUUUUUAAAUAAAACACUGUUUCAGAAGUA